CUCAAUCCUGACACAGACAGAUCAAGCCCAGAAAGAGAGAUCAAUUACGAGGUUUAUUUUAGGCCACAAGUUGAUUGAAGUGGUUCAGGUAUGUUAGAGGCCAAGGAAGUGUAUUCGUUCUUGCUCUUUGUGAAUGGGUGGUUGGGUCAGCUCUUCUCCCCUUGCUCCCAACCAGUCCUUCUAUCUACAAGCAAUCUCAAUACCCAACAGGUAAGAGAGAUAUGCAGAUGUACUAUCUGUGUUUUUAGCUCUAUUAUGACCUAUUAAUUAGGUUAUUAUACACAAGCGAUGUAAUAUCAAAACCUCAUGAGCCCUUCAUGAUGAUUAUCAAAUGAUUAUUGCGUUUUUGGUCUUUAAUUUAUUUACAAAAAAUAUGUGUGAUUUAUUUAUUUUAUUUCAACUUUAUUCAUACAAGUAGUCAACUUUGAGUUAAAACAUACAGGGAGUCACUUUUACAAGUGAGCCCUGCAAACAACAUACAAAAUACAAGAUGCAGUUUGCUGUACUUCCCACCAUAUGUGGUUUGAUUUGACAGAAUGUUGUAAUUAGAGUCCUACAGCAUACAGUAUAUGGUUGUACCUUACAGAAAAUCCACAUGAUUUCACAAUUCAUGUGGUUUUUCCGUAAUGGGGGAUACGACUAGAUAAGGACAGCACCUCAACUAAUGGUUUCACAGUUUCAGUUUCAGAGAUAGUUUUUGACUUUCUUCCCACUUAUGGCAUUGGCCUUUCACUUGUCGCUCUCCGCUUUCCCCACCCACUGGUUUUCAACAGUGGUGGUCGUUUUUUGUCAGUAAUUUCUUAAAAUAUAUAUAUUUUUUCUUCUUAUAAUUCUCCCCCUCUCUUUUCCUCCUUUCACAAAUCUCUCUCUCUCUCUCUCUCUCUCUCUCUCAGUAUCUCGGCAAAUGGUACUUCAUUGCAGCGGCUGGUGUGAAGGAGUCGGAUGUGCAGAUGUUCAGACAGAUGGACAGCACUGUGUUUCACCUGAAUGAGACCGCUAAAGAUACACUACUGUUGACCGGAGCCAUGCGUAUGUAAGACACCAGGGAUAGCUGACACACAAUCAUAAUGGUAGAGAAGGCAAAUUGGGGUAUGUCCCAAUAAUCUCUCCUUCUUCCUGAAGUUUGCACUUGUUCACUACUCCCCAGAAAUGUAAAAGCAUUUGAUUUGUACAGUGCAUUCGGAAAGUAUUCAGACCCCUUGACAUUUUCCACAUUUUGUUAGGUUACAGCCUUAUUCCAAAAAAAAAAUCUUCAUCAAUCUGCACACAAUACCCCAUAAUAACAAAGUGAAAACAGGCUUUUAGAAAUAUUUGCAAAUUGAUAAAAAAAUUUACUUAAAUACUUUAUUUACAUAAGUAUUCAGACCCUUUGCUAUGAGACUCGAAAUUCAGCUCAGGUGCAUCCUGUUUCCAUUGAUCAUCCUUGAGAUGUUUCUACAACUUGAUUGGAGUCCACCAAUGGUAAAUUCAAUUGAUUGGACAUGAUUUGGAAAGGCACACACCUGUCUAUAUAAGGUCCCACAGUUGACAGUGCAUGUCAGAGCAAACACCAAGCCAUGAGGUCGAAGGAAUUGUCUGUAGAUCUCUGAGACAAGAUUGGGUCGAGGCACAGGUCUGGGUAAGGGUACCAAAAAGGUUCUGCAGCAUUGAAGGUCCCCAAGAACAAAGUGGCCUCCAUCAUUCUUAAAUGGAAGAAGUUUGGCCACCCGGCCAAACUGAGCAAUCGGGGGAGAAGGGCCUUGGUCAGGGAGGUGACCAAGAACCUGAUGGUCACUCUGACAGAGCUCCAGAGUUCCUCUGUGGAGAUGGGAGAACCUUCCAGAAGGACAACCAUCUCUGCAGCACUCCACCAAUCAGGCCUUUAUGGUAGAGUGGCCAGACGGAAGCCACUCCUCAGUAAAAGGCACAACAGUCCACUUGGAGUUUGCUUAAAGGCACCUAAAGGACUCUCAGACCAUGAGAAACAAGAUUCUCUGGUCUUAUGAAACCAAGAUUGAACUCUUUGGCCUGAAUGCCAAGCGUCACGUCUGGAGGAAACCUGGCACCAUCCCUACGGUGAAGCAUGGUGGUGGGAGCAUCAUGCUGUGGGGAUGUUUUUCAGCGGCAGGGACUGGGAGACUAGUCAGGAUCGAGGGAAUGAUGAACGGAGAAAAGUACAGAGAGAUCCUUGAUGUUCCAGAGCGCUCAGGACCUCAGACUGGGGCGAAGGUUCACCUUCCAACAGGACAAAGACCCUAAGCACACAGUCAAGACAAUGCAGGAGUGGCUUCGGGAUAAGUCUUUGAAUGUCCUUGAGUGGCCCAGCCAGAGCCCGGACUUGAACCUGAUCGAACAUCUCUGGAGAGACCUGAAAAUAGCUGUGCAGCAAUGCUCCCCAUCCAACCUGACAGAGCUUGAGAGGAUCUGCAGAGAAGAAUGGGAGAAACUCCCCAAAUACAGGUGUGCCAAGCUUGUAGUGUCAAACCCAAGAAGACUCAAGGCUGUGUGAUAUUUCAGUUUUUUAUUUGUAAUACAUUUGCAAAAAUGUCUGAAAACCUGUUUUUGCUUUGUCAUUAUGGGGUAUUGUGUGUAGAUUGAUGAGGGGGAAAAAACUAUGUAAUCCAUUUUAGAAGAAGGCUAUAAUGUAACAAAAUGUGGAAAAAGUAAAGGGGUCUGAACACUUUCCAAAUGCACUGUAUAUGCGUGGGCUAAAAGGGAGUUUCUUAUAACAGUCAUUUCUUGUCAAAUCCAUUAUGGGAAGUGAACAAAUGAGAAACUGAAAUUCUACCCAGUUGUACACACUUCAACAGUCUUAAUUACACCCUAUAUGGCGUUGCAAUACUUGUGGACUAUUCUACCUUGACUAACAUUUUCAGAGUAUAGGAGAAUGUCAAUGUUGUUUACAAAAUGACAGUAGAAGCUGUCUGUGUGAUAACGCACAUCUUUUUCAAUUUUAGGGGUGUUCAUUGCAUUAUGAAAAACUGGACCUAUACUAUUCAGCCUGGCAAAGAUGAUUUGACAAUGGAAGGUAACUCACAACCACUCCCACCAACUUAGGUGCAACUUUUAACUUGAGAUUCUUUCUCUUAACUCAGGCUUUUUUACAGUGAGUAUAUUGACCCACUGAAAAAGUAUUGGGACAGUGACACAUUUUUUGUUGUUUUGGCUCUGUAUUCCAGCACUUUGGACUUCACUUUUUACUACUUUCAUACACAUAUAAGUGAAUUUGUCCCGAUAUUUUUGGUCGCCCAAAAUGAGUGGACUACGUACAAAAAGUGCUGUACUUUCUAAACGGUUCACCCGAUAUGGAUGAAAAUACCCUCAAAUUAAAGCUGAUAGUCUGCACUUUAACCUCAUGGUCAUUAUAUCAUUUCAAAUCCAAAGUGCUGGAGUACAGAGCCCAAAACAACAACAAAAUAGUCACUGUCCCAAUUCCUCUGGAGCUCACUGUAUGUGUGACCAAAACUUAAGCAAAACUAUGUCAGCCCAUUUAAUAAUGAAUUGCCUGUUGUUUUGACACAGGCAGGCCUGAGCUCCAAACUCUAGUGUGGAGUGGAGAGUGGCUGAACUGCACCCAGUGUAUCCUGCUGCAGGAGAUAGAGCGUCACUUGGACCCACUAGAGACACACGACGCCCUCAACAGAUUCAUGCUUUACGGUCAGCCCAGGAGUCAUUCAUGAUUGCAUACUGUGAUGGAAUACCAGGAAAUGAAGCAAAGCUGAGAUAAUCUAAGAAUUGAGAUACAUACUAUUAUUAAUACAUCACAUUGCUGUUUAAUUAAAUAUUACAUAUGUACAAUGUACAUAUUAUGUGUUUUUAAAUUGUAUAACAAGGAGAUGGUAUAGCUGCCCAAAGGGUUACUGUGCUUAGAGAUGCAAACAAUAUUUGCAUGUUUGCACUGUAAGUGCUCCUCAAUGAAAAUCGUGUAUUUUCUUUUUAUCAGCUCGUGGCAGUGCCUUAUUGGAUAAUAAAGUGGUGAAGGCGUUUCAGACCCAAACAGCUUGUAAAAAUAUGGAUAGAUUUGUCCAUCUCCCUCAAGAGAAAGGUUUGUGUUUUUUGUGUGUAAUCUAACCUCACUAUAAAACAAAAGGGCUUGGACCACCAGAGAAAAUAUAUAUUCUCACAUUUCUAAAAUCUGUCAUUGAACAGUUACACUACCAGUCAAAAGUUUGGACACACCUACUCAUUCAAGGGUUUUUCUUUAUUUUUACAAUUUUUUACAUUGUACAAUAGGUGGUCCUCUGUAGCUCAAUUGGUAGAGCAUGGCGCUUGUAACGCCAGGGUAGUGGGUUCGAUCCCCGGGACCACCCAUACGUAAAAAUGUAUGCACACAUGACUGUAAGUCGCUUUGGAUAAAAGCGUCUGCUAAAUGGCAUAUUAUUAUUAUUAUUAUUAGAAUAAUAAUGAAGACAUCAAAACUAUGAAAUAACACAUAUGGAAUCAUGUAGUAACGAAAAAAGUGUUAAACAAAUCAAAAUAUAUUUUAUAUUUAAGAUUCUUCAAAUAGCCACCCUUUGCCUUGAUGACAGCUUUGCACACUCUUGGCAUUCUCUCAACCAGCUUCAUGAGGUAGUCACCUGGAAUGCAUUUCACAUUAACAGGUGUGCCUUCUUAAAAAUUAAUUUGUGGAAUUUCUUUCCUUCUUAAUGCGUUUGAGCCAAUCAGUUGUGUUGUGACAAGGUAGGUAUACAGAAUAUAGCCCUAUUUGGUAAAAGACCAAGUCCAUAUUAUGGCAAGAACAGCUCAAAUAAGCAAAGAGAAACGACAGUCCAUCAUUACUUUAAGACAUGAAGGUCAGUCAAUACAGAACAUUUCAAGAACUUUGAAAGUUUCUUCAAGUGCAGUCACAAAAACCAUCAAGCGCUAUGAUGAAACUGGCUCUCAUGAGGACCACCACAGGAAUGGAAGACCCAAAGUUACCUCUGCUGCAGAGGAUAAAUUCAUUAAAGUUACCAGCCUCAGAAAAUUGCAGCCCAAAUAAAUGCUUCAAGGAGUUCAAGUAACUGACACAUCUCAACAUCAACUGUUCAGAGGGGACUGUGUGAAUCAGGCCUUCAUGGUCGAAUUGCUGCAAAGAAACUGUACGACCCUGCCUUACACAGGAAGCGGCACAGGUCCUAAUCCAGGCACUUGUCAUCUCCCGUCUGGAUUACUGCAACUCGCUGUUGGCUGGGCUCCCUGCCUGUGCCAUUAAACCCCUACAACUCAUCCAGAAUGCCGCAGCCCGUCUGGUGUUCAACCUUCCCAAGUUCUCUCACGUCACCCCGCUCCUCCGCACACUCCACUGGCUUCCAGUUGAAGCUCGCAUCUGCUACAAGACCAUGGUGCUUGCCUACGGAGCUGUGAGGGGAACGGCACCUCCGUACCUUCAGGCUCUGAUCAGUCCCUACACCCAAACGAGGGCAUUGCGUUCAUCCACCUCUGGCCUGCUGGCUCCCCUACCUCUGCGGAAGCAUAGUUCCCGCUCAGCCCAGUCAAAACUGUUCGCUGCUCUGGCACCCCUAUGGUGGAACAAGCUCCCUCACGACGCCAGGACUGCGGAGUCACUCACCACCUUCCGGAGACAUUUGAAACCCCACCUCUUUAAGGAAUACCUGGGAUAUGAUAAAGUAAUCCUUCUACCCCCCCCCCCUUACCCCAACCCCCCCCCCCCCCCCCAAAAAAAAAAAAAACAUUGUAAAGUGGUUAUCCCACUGGCUAUAAGGUGAAUGCACCUAUUUGUAAGUCGCUCUGGAUAAGAGUGUCUGCUAAAUGACGUAAAUGUAAAUGUAAACCACUACUAAAGGACACCAGUAAGAAGAAGAGACCUGCUUGGGCCAAGAAACACGAGCAAUGGACAUUAGACCGGUGGAAAUGUUGGUCUGGAGUCCAAAUUUGAGAUUUUUGGUUCCAACCACUGUGUCUUUGUGAGAUGCGGUGUGGGUGAGCGGCUGAUCUCUGCAUGUGUAGUUCCCACCGUAAAGCAUGGAGGAGGAGGUGUUAUGGUGCUUUGCUGGUGACACUUUCUGUGAUUUAUUUAGAAUUCAAGGCACACUUAACCAACAUGGCUACCACAUCAUUCAGCAGCGAUACGCCAUCCCAUCUGGAUAGGGCUUAGUGGGACUAUAAUUUGUUUUUCCACAGGACAAUGACCCAACACACCUCCAGGCUGUGUAAGGGCUAUUUUACCAAGAAGGAGAGUGAUGGAGUACUGCAUCAAAUGACCUGACCUCUACAAUCCCCCGACCUCAACCCAAUUGAGAUGGUUUGGGAUGAGUCGGACGGCAGAGUGAAGGAAAAGCAGCCAACAAGUGCUAAACAUAUGUGGGAACUCCUUCAAGAGUGUUGGGAAAGCAUUCCAGGUGAAGCUGGUUGAGAGAAUGCCAAGAGUGUGCAAAGCUGUCAUCAAGGCAAAGGGUGGCUAUUUGAAGAAUCUCAAAUCUCAAAUAUAUUUUGAUUUGUUUAACACUUUUUUGGUUACUACAUCAUUCCAUAUGUGUUAUUUCAUAGUUUUGAUGUCUUCACUAUUAUUCUACAAUAUAGAAAAUAGUACAAAUAAAGAAAAACCCUUGAAUGAGUAGGUGUGUCCAAACUUUUGACUGGUAAUGUAUAUAUAUAUAUGUGUUUUUUUCAGAGUUUUGUCAUCUGGAGAAUAAGGCGUGGCACUGAGGUAAGAAUCUAAAUGAUUCAUUCACUUUUUUAUUUUUAUGUACUUCUUAUCACUACUGCUCUUCCAUUUUGUGGUUAUUAGAUUACAUUUGCUCAUAUCCAUCUCCACAAUCUAUUACAGGCUACCUGCUAUUUGUUGGAAUCUUCAAUCAAGAUCAUGCCAUGCAUCGAAAUAGGUUUCCUUUUGAGAGUUUAAUAUUAGCAUAUUGCCCACUCUAACAUUGAUCUAACUCAGAAACGUGGAACUAAUUCAAAUGAAGAACUCUCCUCUCAUUCCCCAUGUGUAAUAGUAAAACAAAUAAACAGAAAAAAAGAACUGCUAUUCAAAAUACUAGUGGAAUCAAAGUCUAUUCCAAAGUCUCUGAAUGUUUAGAAUAGCACUAGUGACCCAUGCUUAGACUUCUAUGCAUUUUCUAUCGCCCAUUUAUACUUGCAGUGACAAGGCACACAGUUAUCACGUUUUCUUAAAGAGCCUAUUUCUAGGCAAAUAUUUCAUUUUCACGCACUUCUCUUUUUGCAAGGGAUGACUUGACUCAGUCAUGGUUCACUGAACUGCACUGUUCCACUCUUCACCUACCUCCAUCAGUGGAGGCUACUGAGGGGA